ACUAAUGAUUGGUGCUGACAACAUUACUCCAGCUAACACCCACACCUGUCACCACACCCGUCACCACACCUGCCACCACCAUCUUUACUGACACCACGCUUGCAUCAGCCAACACUUCACCACACAGACAACAGUCAGGAGGCAACCGCGCUGACAACACCAUUUCACAGAUGCCAGUGCUUCUCCCUCCCGUCAACCCACACACCUGACAAACACCUGUCAACACACACCUGACAAACACCCGUCAUCUACACAGACGUGUGCCAUGACGUCGUCACAGACACCGCUAAACAGGGCCAUCGUGAAUCCUAUACAAAGGAGUGUUGGCUCCUGGCACUCGGCCCUAGUGCUGGCACUCCUGGGCCUCCUGGCACUCUCGCCCCACCUGUGCCACGCUAAGAGAUGGGAUGCAGAUGUGGCACAUAUUGUCAACACUGUCGUAAGGUCACUGAAGGAAGGAAGGAUGGGGACACCUGUCCAAUUCCAGGGCCACUCGUGUGUCUUCCUGGUCCAUCUGACCUCCAUGUCCAGACGAUGGCUGGUACACGGCGAGAUGACCUGCCCUGACUGGACCCGGUUCAGGGGGAGGGCCUCUGGACGCAACGUGAGGAAGGUGGUGAGUCGCACGGUACACAACUUCAUCAGGCGGGCAGUCAACAAGGGCCUGGUACGUGACGCCGACGACGACGCCGACGACGACGACGACUCCAGCGACGAGAGGGACACUUCGCCUGACGAAGGUCCGCCAGAUGACGCUUCGCCUGACGAAGGUCCGCCAGAUGACGCUUCGCCUGACGAAGGUCCGCCAGAUGACGCUUCGCCUGACGAAGGUCCGCCAGAUGACGCUUCGCCUGACGAAGGUCCGCCAGAUGACGCUUCGCCUGACGAAGGUCCGCCAGAUGACGCUUCGCCAACAGACCAAAGAUCACCAACCAAAAAGGUGCCAACUACUAGAGGUGCACCAACCAUUACAGAUGCACCAACUACUACAGGUGUACCAACUACUACAGAUGCACCAACUACUACAGGUGUACCAACUACUACAGAUGCACCAACUACUACAGGUGUACCAACUACUACAGGUGCACCAACCACUACAGGUGCACCAACCACUACAGGUGCACCAACCACUACAGGUGCACCAACCAUUACAGGUGUACCAACUACUACAGGUGCACCAACUACUACAGGUGCACCAACCACUACAGGUGCACCAACCACUACAGGUGUACCAACUACUACAGGUGCACCAACCACUACAGGUGCACCAACCACUACAGGUGCACCAACCACUACAGGUGCACCAACCACUACAGGUGCACCAACUACUACAGGUGCACCAACCACUACAGGUGCACCAACUACUACAGGUGCACCAACUACUACAGGUGCACCAACUACUACUGGUGCACCAACCACUACAGGUGUACCAACCACUACAGGUGCACCAACCACUACAGGUGCACCAACUACUACAGGUGUACCAACUACUACAGGUGCACCAACCACUACAGGUGCACCAACCACUACAGGUGCACCAACCACUACAGGUGCACCAACUACUACAGGUGCACCAACUACUACAGGUGCACCAACCACUACAGGUGUACCAACCACUACAGGUGCACCAACCACUACAGGUGCACCAACCACUACAGGUGUACCAACUACUACAGGUGCACCAACCACUACAGGUGCACCAACCACUACAGGUGCACCAACCACUACAGGUGCACCAACCACUACAGGUGCACCAACCACUACAGGUGCACCAACUACUACAGGUGCACCAACCACUACAGGUGCACCAACCAUUACAGGUGCACCAACCACUACAGGUGCACCAACCAUUACAGGUGCACCAACCACUACAGGUGUACCAACUACUACAGGUGCACCAACUACUACAGGUGUACCAACUACUACAGGUGCACCAACCAUUACAGGUGCACCAACCAAUACAGGUGCACCAACCAUUACAGGUGCACCAACCACUACAGGUGCACCAACCAUUACACGUGCACCAACCAUUACAGGUGCACCAACCACUACAGGUGCACCAACCAUUACAGGUGCACCAACCACUACAGGUGCACCAACCAUUACAGGUGCACCAACCACUACAGGUGCACCAACCAUUACAGGUGCACCAACCACUACAGGUGCACCAACCAUUACAGCUGCACCAACCAUUACAGGUGCACCAACCACUACAGGUGCACCAACCAUUACAGGUGCACCAACCACUACAGGUGCACCAACCAUUACAGGUGCACCAACCACUACAGGUGCACCAACCAUUACACGUGCACCAACCACUACAGGUGCACCAACCAUUACAGGUGCACCAACUACUACAGGUGCACCAACCACUACAGGUGCACCAACUACUACAGGUGCACCAACCACUACAGGUGCACCAACCAUUACAGGUGCACCAACCAUUACAGGUGCACCAACCAUUACAGGUGCACCAACCAUUACAGGUGCACCAACCAUUACAGGUGCACCAACCACUACAGGUGCACCAACUACUACAGGUGCACCAACCAUUACAGGUGUACCAACCAUUACAGCUGCACCAACCAUUACAGGUGCACCAACCAUUACAGGUGCACCAACCAUUACAGGUGCACCAACCAUUACAGGUGCACCAACCAUUACAGGUGCACCAACCAUUACAGGUACACCAACCAUUACAGGUGCACCAACCAUUACAGGUACACCAACCAUUACAGGUGCACCAACCAUUACAGCUGCACCAACCAUUACAGGUGCACCAACCAUUACAGGUGCACCAACCAUUACAGGUGCACCAACCAUUACAGGUGCACCAACCAUUACAGGUGCACCAACCAUUACAGGUACACCAACCAUUACAGGUGCACCAACCAUUACAGGUACACCAACCAUUACAGGUGCACCAACCAUUACAGCUGCACCAACCAUUACAGGUGCACCAACCAUUACAGGUGCACCAACCAUUACAGGUGCACCAACCAUUACAGGUACACCAACCAUUACAGGUGCACCAACCACUACAGGUGCACCAACUACUACAGGUGCACCAACCAUUACAGGUGUACCAACUACUACAGGUGUACCAACUACUACAGGUGCACCAACCAUUACAGGUGCACCAACCAUUACAGGUGCACCAACCAUUACAGGUGCACCAACUACUACAGGUGUACCAACUACUACAGGUGCACCAACCAUUACAGGUGCACCAACUACUACAGGUGCACCAACCACUACAGGUGCACCAACUACUACAGGUGUACCAACUACUACAGGUGUACCAACUACUACAGGUGCACCAACCAUUACAGGUGCACCAAGUGUAAAAGAGUCACCAAGUACUGAGUCACCAAGUGUUACUGAGUCACCAAGUGUAACAGAGUCACCAAGUGUUACUGAGUCACCAAGUGUUACAGAGUCACCAAGUGUUACUGAGUCACCAAGUGUUACAGAGUCACCAAGUGUUACAGAGUCACCAAGUGUUACUGAGUCACCAAGUGUUACAGAGUCACCAAGUGUUACAGAGUCACCAAGUGUUACUGAGUCACCAAGUGUUACUGAGUCAGAGUCACCAAGUGUUACAGAGUCACCAAGUGUUACAGAGUCACCAAGUGUAACAGAGUCACCAAGUGUUACUGAGUCACCAAGUGUUACAGAGUCACCAAGUGUUACAGAGUCACCAAGUGUUACAGAGCCACUAAGUGUAACAGAAUCACCAAGUGUAACAGAGUCACCAAGUGUUACUGAGUCACCAAGUGUAACAGAGUCACCAAGUGUUACUGAGUCACCAAGUGUAACAGAGUCACCAAGUGUUACUGAGUCACCAAGUGUAACAGAGACACCAAGUGUUACUGAGUCACCAAGUGUAACAGAGACACCAAGUGUUAUAGAGUCAACAACUGAUUCAUUCUCACCAAGUGUUACAGAGUCACCAAGUGUAACAGAGACAACAACUGAUUCAUUCUCACCACGUGUUACAGAGUUACCAAGUGUUACAGAGUCACCAAGUGUAACAGAGUCAACAACUGAUUCAUUCUCACCACCUGUUACAGAGUCACCAAGUGUUACAGAGUCAACAACUGAUUCAUUCUCACCAACUAUUACAGAGUCACCAAGUGCAACAGAGUCACCAAGUGUAACAGAGUCAACAAGUGUUACAGAAUCACCAAGUGUUACAGAGUCACCAUUUGUAACAGAGUUAACAACUGAUUCAUUCUCACCAAGUGUUACAGAGUCACCAAUUGUUACAGAGUCACCAAUUGUUACAGAGUCACCAAGUGUUAAAGAUUCACCAAGUGUUACAAAGUCAAUUAGGGUAACAAAGUCACCAAGUGUUAGAGAGUCACCAAGUGUUACAGAAUCACCAAGUGUUACAGAGUCACCAAGCGUUACAGAGUUAACAACUGAUUCAUUCUCACCAAGUGUUACAGACUCACCAUUUGUAACAGAGUCACCAACUGAUUCAUUCUCACCAAGUGUUACAGAGUCACCAAGUGUAACAGAGUCAACAACUUAUUCGUUCUCACCAAGUGUAACAGAGUCAGCAACUCAUUCAUUCUCACCAAGUGUUACAGAGUCACCAAGUGUAACAGAGUCACCAAGUGUAGCAGAGUCAACAACUUAUUCAUUCUCAUCAAGUUUUACAGAGUCACCAAGUGUUACAGAGUCAACAACUGAUUCAUUCUCAUCAAGUUUUACAGAGUCUGCAAGUGUUACAGAGUCACCAAGUGUAACAGAGUCAACAACUGAUUCAUUCUCACCAAGUGUUACAGAGUCACCAAGUAUUACAGAGUCACCAAGUGUAACAGAGUCAACAACUGAUUCAUUCUCACCACGUGUUACAGAGUCACAAGGUGUUACAGAGUCACCAAGUGUAACAGAGUCAACAACUGAUUCAUUGUCACCAAGUGUAACAGAAUCACCAAGUGUAACAGAGUCAACAGCUGAUUCAUUCUCAUCAAGUGUUACAGAGUCACCAAGUGUUACAGAUUUACCAAGUGUUACAGAAUCACCAAGUAUUACAGAGUCAUCAAGUGUUACGGAGUCAGCAACUGAUUCAUCUGAUUCAUUCCCACCAAGUGUUACAGAGUCACCAAGUGUAACAGAGUCAACAACUGAUUCAUUCUUCCCAAGUGUUACAGAGUCACCAAGUGUAACAGAGUUAGAAACUGAUUCAUUCUCACCAAGUGUUACAGAGUCACCAAGUGUAAUAGAGUCAACAACUGAUUCAUUCUCACCAAGUGUUACAGAGUCACCAAGUGUAACAGAGUCAACAACUGAUUCAUUCUCAUCAAGUUUUACAGAGUCUCCAAGUGUUACAGAGUCAUCAAGUGUAACAGAGUCAGCAACUGAUUCAUUCCUACCAAGUGUUACUGAGUCACCAAGUGUAACAGAAUCAGCAACUGAUUCAUUCCCACCAAGUGUAACAGAGUUAGCAACUGAUUCAUUCUUCCCAAGUGUUACAGAGUCACCAAGUGUUACAGAGUCACCAAGUGUAACAGACUCAGAAACUGAUUCAUUCUCACCAAGUGUUACAGAGACACCAAGUGUAACAGAGUCAACAACUGAUUCAUUCUCAUCAAGUUUUACAGAGUCUCCAAGUGUUACAGAGUCACCAAGUGUAACAGAGUCAGCAACUGAUUCAUUCCCACCAAGUGUUACAGAGUCACCAAGUGUAACAGAGUCAGCAACUGAUUCAUUCCCACCAAGUGUUACAGAGACACCAAGUGUAACAGAGUCAACAACUGAUUCAUUCUCACCAAGCGUUACAGAGUCACCAAGUAUUACAGAGUCACCAAGUGUAACAGAGUCAACAACUGAUUCAUUCUCACCACGUGUUACAGAGUCACCAAGUGUUAUAGAGUCACCAAGUGUAACAGAGUCAACAACUGAUUCAUUCUCACCAAGUGUUACAGAGUCACCAAGUGUAACAGAGUCAACAACUGAUUUAUUCUCACCAAAUGUUACAGAGUCACCAAGUGUUAUAAAGUCACCAAGUGUAACAGAGUCAGAAACUGAUUCAUUCUCACCAAGUGUUACAGAAUCACCAACUGAUUCAUUCUCACCAAGUGCUACAGACUCACCAAGUGUUACAGAAUCACCAAGUGUUACAGACUCACCAAGUGUUACAGACUCACCAAGUGUUACAGAGUCACCAAGUGUUUCAUGGUUAACAACUGAUUCAUUCUCACCAAGUGUUACAGACUCACCAAGUGUUACAGAGUCACCAAGUGUUACAGAGUCACCAAGUGUUUCAGAGUCAACAACUGAUUUAUUCUCACCAAGUGUUACAGAGUCACCAAGUGUUACAGAGUCACCAAGUGUUAUAGAGUCACCAAGUGUUACAGAGUCACCAAGUAUUACAGAGUCACCAAGUGUAACAGAGUCAACAACUGAUUCAUUCUCAGCAAGUGUUACAGAGUCACCAAGUAUUACAGAGUCACCAAGUGUUACAGAGUCACCAAGUGUUACAGACUCACCAAAUGUUACAGAGUCACCAAGUGUUACAGAGUCACCAAGUGUAACAGACUCAACAACUGAUUCAUUCUCACCAAGUGUUACAGAGUCACCAAGUGUUACAGAGUCACCAAGUGUUACAGAGUCACCAAGUGUUACAGAGUCACCAAGUGUUACAGACUCACCAAAUGUUGCAGAGUCACCAAGUGUUACAGAGUCACCAAGUGUAACAGAGUCAACAACUGAUUCAUUCUCACCAAGUGAUACAGAGUCACCAAGUGUUACAGAGUCACCAAGUAUUACAGAGUCACCAAGUGUUACAGAGUCAUCAACUGAUUCAUUCUCACCUCGUGUUACAGAGUCACCAAGUGUUACAGAGUCACCAAGUGUUACAGAGUCAACAACUGAUUCAUUCUCACCAAGUGUUACAGAGUCACCAAGUAUUACAGAGUCACGAAGUGUUACAGAGUCACCUAGUGUUACAGACUCACCAAAUGUUACAGAGUCACCAAGUGUUACAGAGUCACCAAGUGUAACAGAGUCAGCAACUGAUUCAUUCUUCCCAAGUGUUACAGAGUCACCAAGUGUAACAGAGUCAGAAACUGAUUCAUUCUCACCAAGUGUUACAGACUCAGCAAGUGUAACAGAGUCAACAACUGAUUCAUUCUCACCAAGUGUUACAGAAUCACCAACUGAUUCAUUCUCACCAAGUGUUACAGACUCACCAAGUGUUACAGACUCACCAAGUGUUACAGACUCACCAAGUGUUACAGAGUCACCAAGUGUUACAGAGUCACCAAGUGUUACAGAGUCACCAAGUGUUACAGAGUCAACAACUCAUUCAUUCUCACCAAGUGUUACAGGAUCACCAAGUGUUACAGACUCACCAAGUGUUACAGAGUCACCAAGUGUUUCAGAGUCAACAACUGAUUCAUUCUCACCAAGUGUUACAGAGUCACCAAGUGUUGCAGACUCACCAAGUGUUACAGAGUCAUCAAGUGUUACAGAGUCACCAAGUGUUACAGAGUCACCAAGUAUUACAGACUCACCAAGUGUAACAGAGUCAACAACUGAUUCAUUCUCACCAAGUGUUACAGAGUCACCAAGUGUAACAGAGUCAACAACUGAUUCAUUUUCACCAAGUGUUACAGAGUCACCAAGUGUUACAGGAUCACCAAGUGUUACAGACUCACCAAGUGUUACAGAGUCACCAAGUGUUACAGACUCACCAAAUGUUACAGAGUCACCAAGUGUUACAGAGUCACCAAGUGUUACAGAGUCACCAAGUGUUACAGACUCACCAAAUGUUACAGAGUCACCAAGUGUUACAGAGUCACCAAGUGUAACAGAGUCAACAACUGAUUCAUUCUCACCAAGUGUUACAGAGUCACCAAGUGUAACAGAGUCAACAACUGAUUCAUUUUCACCAAGUGUAACAGAGUCACCUAGUGUAACAGAGUCAGCAACUGAUUCAUUCUUCCCAAGUGUUACAGAGUCACCAAGUGUUAUAAAGUCACCAAGUGUAACAGAGUCAGAAACUGAUUCAUUCUCAUCAAGUGUUACAGACUCACCAAGUGUUACAGAAUCACCAAGUGUUACAGAGUCACCAAGUGUUACAGAGUCACCAAGUGUUUCAGAGUCAACAACUGAUUCAUUCUCACCAAGUGUUACAGGAUCACCAAGUGUUACAGACUCACCAAGUGUUACAGAGUCGCCAAGUGUUACAGAGUCACCAAGUGUUUCAGAAUCAACAACUGAUUCAUUCUCACCAAGUGUUACAGAGUCACCAAGUGUUACAGAGUCGUUAACUGAUUCAUUCUCACGAAGUGUUACAGAGUCACCAAUUGUUACAGAGUGACCAAUUGUUACAG